AACUCGCUCAUCGAAACUUUGCUCACUAACACUUGAAAACUACUCUCUAGAAUAUGUCUGGCCCAAUCGCAAACGAUCCCCUCAACCCCAAUACGGGCGACGUUGGUGUUCCCGUCGAGUCCGACCUCGGGGAAUACGUCAAUACUGCAGCAUUCGAUCAACAGUGCUCCGAAAAAGCACGCGAGCUUGCCGCCACUUUUUCUGACGAGAGCAGUGACUCCGACGAGGAUAGCUUUUGGUCCAGCGACGACAGCGUCUCUACUGCCACUACCGUUGAAUCCACCCCGUACGAAAUUCCCAAGAUCGAGGCGAAUUUGUACUAUGCCGGUAUCGGUGCAAAGGGACGUGGGCCCAAGCUCAUUUACAGGACCUCCGACGACAAAUUCAAAGAGCCCUCUGGCCCUGAGGCGUACAGGCGCCUCAUGAGGUUCGCGACAAAGUUGUCGAGUUACUCAACAAAAGGCGGACCAGAGAUCGAAGAGGACGAGGACGAAGAGGAAGACGAGGAGGAUGACAAGGAAGAGGAAGAGGUCGCCUACGAUGAUAUUCCCCUCAUCCAGCCGGUCGAGGACGGAGAACGUUACUACACCAACCCUACCAUCUGGAUUGGAGUCUUGCCAGAGACUCUCAGCGGUGCCAUAGCGCACGAGUCAUCCAAGGACAUCCGUGCCUUCCUCGACUCGCUCGAGGUCCAGAACAUCGACAUUGCUUACCGCGAGUCGCUCUACAAGGCCUUGCCCGGUCAUGGUCCGGCCCUUUUCGCCCCCGUUGAAGACGGCGACGCUCUUAAGGAGGUCACCGACAACGUCUCUGUUCCCCUUAGUCUUCCUAUUGCUGGUCGUAGGACUACUAUGCAGGGCACUCUGGGUCCCUACUUCCGUGUUGGCAACACGCUUUAUGCCAUCACUGUCCGUCAUAACCUCUUUUUGCUGAACGGGGACAACGAGCCAUAUCACUACCACGAAUCUGCACAAAAGAAAGAGGUCCUCGUGAUAGACCCGUCCGCGUUCACAAACUACCUGGCCUCCAUCCAGGCCCUCAUUGGCACGCACCUUGACUCGGUCGAAUCUCUCGAGAAGAAAAUUAAGACACUCAGGACUAGGGUCGAGGAUGGAAUCAACGUCCAAGAGUCGCAGAUUAAGCUGGACCAGAACGAGGCUGAGCUUGUCAAGACGCGCUCCAAGAUCGACGACCUCAAGAAGUUCUUUGUCAACAUCAAGAAGAGGUGGAGCAAGCCCAAGGACCGAGUCAUUGGGUUCGUCCGCUGGGCUCCCUCCAUCGGUGUCGGUGUUGCUCCUCACCGCUAUACGUGCGAUCUUUGCGUCAUCGAGCUGUACAAGGACAAGUUUAACAAGAUGAUCGGCAACGUUCUGAGCCUUGGUCCGGAGCUGUCUCCUUCAAAGCUCAAAGCAUUGAUGUACAUCCCGUCCGAGUUCAAAUACCCCGAAAACGGUCUCCUUACUCUCAGGGGAAUGCUCACCGCCGAUCAGGUCAACAACCCCAACAGGUUGAACCUCCAAGGCGAUCGCAUUCGUCGCGUUCUCAAGCGCGGCUUCACUACCGGCACCACCGUCGGCACCCUCACCAGGUUCAUGUCUUUCGUCCGCCAGUACUUCCCCACCGGCAAUCUCGAGUCACUCGAGGUCGCUAUCCUCUCUCACGAGAACGACUCGGGCACCUUUUCCAAGGGAGGUGAUUCUGGAUCUCUCAUCGUCUCCGCCGUCGGCGAGUAUGUUGCCUUGCUCACUGGUGGGACGAACAAGGGAACGGAUGGCUCGGACAUCACCUUCGCUACUCUCUUCGAGUGGGUCUGGCAUCUCGUCAAGGAGGAGUUCCCCGGGGCCAAUCUGUAUUUUGAUAACCUUCAAGGGUUCCUCGCCGAUGUGGCCUAGUCUGUGAACUCAGUCUGCUGUUUUGGCGUCUGCUUUUAUCUAUCUGCU